AUGUCUCCUUGUAGAGCUUACAGAAGGAAUGUGAAUGCACACAAUGCUAACGCAGCUCCUCCAUUCCCAUAUCGAGAAGUUUUGAAUACAGAGUUUUGGAAUGCCAUUCAGCUUUUGGCCCAGAGUGUGACCAACCAGAACAACCAGCAGGUUCUAGUUCCUACAAAUGCUAAAGAUGGAUCAGUGGCAGCCAUGGAUCGUGAUUUUUUUAGAAUGAAUCCGCCAGAGUUUUUAGGGUCACAAGUUGGUGAUGACCCACAAAACUUCAUUGAUGAGGUUCAGGUCCUCAGCUUUCAGAUCAGGCAUAGAUUGGUUCCUGAUCUUCAGCUCAGUAGUAUUAGUAGUGAAUUCUCAUUCUCCGAGGAUGACAUACAUGGUUGGCUUGGGGUCACUCGUGAUCCUAGGUCCUAUGUCCGCAUCCUGGGGGUAGAUUCGGGGUAUGACAGGUCCUCCGAUGAUCCAGCUCGUAAGUUAUAUAAGGAAAGGGUGUCUAACCCUAAACCUCAAAGAGAAAAUGGUAGUGGAAAUGGUUCUUCGGUUAUAGCAUGCCAAAAGUGUGGCAAGAUUCAUUAG